CAGAAUUAAGAAAAAAAGAAAAAAGAGGACAGAAGAAAGAAAUCCAAAGGCGUUGAUGGUGUGGAGUUGUGACCCCCCACAGGUGACACCAGGUUUAAUAGAUAGGUAAAGGGCAGCACAGCCAGGUCUCAGCCAAUCACAAUCCAGAGUCGAGGUUCACUGAAAGUGCUAUGGUUUUAAACUGAUAUCAGCUGAGAGAGAGUCUGUAGAAAUACCUUGGGUCUACAUCAGCCUCUACACCAGUUUCGCACCCCACCUUAAACAAUAAGUGAUUUAAAAGUAAAGGAAAAAAGAAAGUUUUAAGAUGUUUUCCUCUGUGCUGUUUCCUCUCUCGCUACUCGCGCUCUGCGGAGUGUUCGCUUCUGUAUCGGGAUCGCCCGCUGUGGAGCAGGUCUACAGGGACGUGGUCAGCGCGGUGUCUCCGGGACAGCAGUCUCUGACCUGGGAGUCGCUUCACACCCUCUUUAAUACACUGGAGAACCGUGUGCAGUGCGGCGAAGUGCCGUGUGAAAAGUGCAAUCUACCAGGCGGCGUUCACCAGCUCAUCACCAAUCACUCCGGCCACGCGGAGGAUGAAACUGGAAAAGGCAGUGAAAAUGUGACCAUCGGUGUUUCUCAGUUCACUCACCUUGCUGCAGGCUGCGUCCUGUACCUGACUGCUCCUGACCUGGUCUGCACCUCAGUACGGCAGGGGAGGUGGGGUGAGGAGACUGAACGUUUCCUACACGAGAUCACACAUGAGGAGCAUCAUGAACAUGAACAUGAACAUGAACAUCAGCAUGAAACGAGUGGGGCCCACCACCACCUUGAACACAUGGACGUUCAUGGAUUAGAGACACUGCUUCAAAAGAUUCACCACCACUAUGAGCCGUUACACAGUGAGAGCUGUGUCUCAGCCAGUGACAUCAUGGCAGAGGUCAAUGCAUCAUUACCUGACCAGGGGCAGGAAGUGGGCGCAGUUUUGGGCCGCGUACUGUAUCAUGCUCUGCACGGUCACUGCUUCAUCAGCUCCUCCCUGCCUGAGGAGAGCUACUUCCUGGAUUACCUCAUGGAUCAUGUGGGGUCAGAGAACUUUACUGUCAGAGAUUUGGAGGCUCUUAUGUGGAGUCUGAACCUAGGGCCACAACACGACCAUGACGACCAUGACGACCAUCACGACCAUCACGACCAUGAGGAUGAACACGUGGAUCACGAUCACAGUGGUGCCAGGCGGAGGAAGAGGAGCAGCCACGGACAUCAUGAGGGAGACGGAGGAAACUCGACCUGGGAUCAGCACUGUUUCUCUGCCGAAGAGCUGGUCCAGAUCCUUGGUUCGACGGCCAAUGGCUCUGAUCUGGGUCGGUCCGACAUGGCUCGGCUCAGCCCCUCACUCGUCCAGCAGAUCCUGAGCGGAGCCUGCGUGGACAACACAGGGCAAGUGAAGCCAGAUGGACUCACCAUGACUGAGAGAUACCUCUAUGCAACUCUCGCCAAUGCCUUAAUUACGCUGACGUCCAUGUUUGGCAUCGUGCUGCUGCUGUGUACGUACUGCACCAGUAUGUUCCAGUUGUGCAUCCAGUUUUGCAUCAGUUUGGCUGUGGGUUCUCUGACUGGAGAUGCUCUACUGCACCUCUUGCCCAUGUUUCUGGGUUUACAUGUGCACUCAGACGGCGGCAAUGGCCACGAGCACCAAACACAAGCACGCCACAGUCACCAGGAGGAAACUCCCGACUACAUUUACAAGAUGUUGGUCAUGUUGGCCGGGAUUUACUACUUUUACCUGAUGGAAACAAUCUUCUCUCUCGUCGCAUAUAAGAAUAACAAUCACCACCAUCACCAGCACCAUCAUGCGGAAGAAGCAGAGCCUCACCACUGUGACCAUGGGAGGGUUUUAGAGAUGUAUCAACAGGAAAGGACACAGAAAAACAAGUCAACCUCAAAAGCAGACCUGGUUGGCUAUGAAGAUGAGAAAACAAUGUCAGAGUCAAAAGAGCGCACUCGAGAACAGCGUUUGCUGCCCUACAUGAUAACUAUCGGUGAUGGGAUCCACAACUUUGCAGACGGUUUAGCGAUAGGUGCAGCUUUCUCCCUGUCAUGGAAGUCUGGUUUGGCUACGUCAAUCGCUGUCCUCUGCCACGAGCUACCACACGAACUGGGCGACUUUGCCAUUUUGCUGCACAGUGGUGUGUCUGUGCGCAAGGCGUUGCUUUUAAACAUCGGCAGUGCCAUGACCUCAUUUAUUGGCCUCUAUAUUGCUCUGUCAGUUGCCACUGACCUGGCAACCAAACAGUGGAUAGCUGCCAUCACUGCAGGACUCUUUCUGUACGUGGGACUGGCUGAUAUGCUCCCCACCAUGAUUCACGUCAGCAACAAGAGACCCUGGCUGAUAUUUGUGCUGCAGAGCGUCGGCCUUAUCUGUGGGUGGGGCAUUCUGUUAGUGUUGUCACUUUAUGAAGAGAGGAUCAGCUUUUAGCGCACAGACUCGUAACGGGACGCAUAAAGUGCAUUUGUGUGCAGUUUGUGUUUCCAUUUGUGCCUACUGUAAAACUAAUGAAUGUGCAACCACGAUUAUAUCCUUGAUACAGAUGGGAAAAAUUGCAGGAUAAAAAGUGAUCUAUCACUUUAGUGGUCUUCUUGUGAAGUAAUUAAAGUUAACCAUAUCUCUUAAAGCAGCACUAUUUAACUUUUACUGCCAAAUUGUAAGUAGAUUUUUGAUGAUUUUGAGUGACUUUGCUUGAACUUCCUGAGCAGUUUAAGUCACUUCCACACUGGUCAAAAAACCCCGAUAAACACCCGAUAACGUCUGGCUUUAUAGAAAAUGAACACAAUUAGCAUUUACUCCUGGGUCAAAUGACUUUCCAAAAGACGUGUGCUUUUAAAACUCCAGCUCCAACUGCCUUUGGUUUACCUGUGUUUAAAAGAUGAGGUAUAGAUGAUGCAGUGGGAAUGAAUGAGGCACAAAGGUAGUGGCCCAUCAAAAUGCUUUUGAAGAUUUAUUUUUAAGUUAGAGAAAGGUUACAUUGUGGGGCUUUAAAUACCUUUGAAAUGAGCUUAACUUACCAGUUUUUAAGUGUUGUUACUAAAUGACAUGGUAUGCGGCCUGUGACCUUCUCUAUUGUAAUCAAUACAGUAAGUUAAUAUUUUAUUAGUAUAGUUGUAGAAUAAUGUACGUACCGUAUACUUACCAUGUAUAUUACAGCCAUGGAAGCUGAAGCAAAAGCUCUGAAACUGAAUAUGAAUAACUUUGUUAAAGUUAAGAUUUAUUACGAGACCUCUGUGGUGGACAACAGAGUUCUUAUGAAGCUCAAAUUACAUUUUUCAAAAGUGUAUGUAGAUAAUUUAGUUGUAAAACUAACUUUUAUCAUUACUGACAUUGUAACAUUGGUCCUUUGUUCACACUAGAAUUUAUCCUCAUUCUUAUGAUACAUUUUGUAGCACACACAUUUAAAGACAUAGUAAUGGACAAAUGUUUCCCCCUUGUGCAAGAUUAGAAAAUGCUAUCCUCAGUGGUUGUUUUUGACACUUAAGUGAUAGUUCCGUUUGUUUCUUUUUCAUUUCUCAGCACUGAUGAAUGUCAUAAUGAUGACAGCUGAUUACGUGAAUGCUCCCUUUGAAUUCCUUGUACAGAAUUGUUAUUUUUGUACUUCUUAAAUAAAUGUGCUUGUUCUCGAGUCAUUAGGAAAAAAAAAGAUGUCAAACCUGCUAAAGAAAAGGUGCACAGUAGUGCAUUAAUAUUAACUCAACUAUGAUAUGUCUUUUGUGUUUUGCUUUAUUUGAAAUUAAAAAUUCCCUUCGUGAA